UCAUAUAAGUUAUUGGUAUAAGUUACUAGAUUUGCUACAAUAAAUUAGAUUAGGUUCACAAUGAAUCCAAUCUCACAAAACAACGCCACAAACCACAAACGUGGCUAAUAUUUUGUAAAGGUGGUCUAAAUUGUUGCCACAUCACAACAUAUUGGAAAUUGGAGUGAGUUUACACCUUUCAUACCAAAGUUAGUAUAGUAAAUCAAAUAAUCACACCCGCCUUUGAUCCCUUUCUUUCACUUACACACAGGACAAGAAAAAUAGCAAUGAACAAUCUGGUAAAUCAGAUUCUAGACGUUGCUACUUCAUCCAUAGCUUUCAUAACUUUAAUCUUUAUUCUUCCACCUUUCUUGUGUUUGAGGUUCUUUCUCUCAAGUCUGAAUUCCAUCUUUAGCGAAAAUGUGUCCGGAAAAGUUGUGCUCAUUACCGGAGCAUCCUCUGGUAUCGGCGAGCAUCUUACAUAUGAGUAUGCAAGGAGAGGAGCCAGAUUAGCCCUUGUAGCAAGACGGUGGCAACGUCUCCUAAAUGUUGCUGAAGUCAGCCGUUAUCUCGGUGCACCUGAUGUUCUUGUCAUCUGUGCAGAUGUUAGCAAAGUUGAAGAUUCUAAGCAUUUCAUCAAUGAAACAGUGAAUCAUUUUGGUAGAUUGGACCAUUUGGUGAACAAUGCUGGAAUUUCCACAAUGAGCAUGUUAGAGGAAUUCCCUGACAUAACCAAUGCUGCACCUGUGAUGGAAACAAACUUCUGGGGUUCAGUGUAUAGUACCCACUUUGCAAUUCCACAUCUAAAAACAAGCAGAGGCAAGAUAAUAGUUACUGCCUCGUCUGGCGCAUGGUUGACUGUACCACGAAUGGCUUUCUACUCUGCAAGUAAAGCUGCAGUAAUAAGCUUCUUCGAGACAUUGAGAGUUGAGCUUGGAGGAGACAUAGGGAUUACAAUUGUAACUCCUGGGCUGAUUGAAUCAGAAUUGACCAAAGGAAAGAUCCUCUCAAAGGAAGGCAAAAUGGUACUUGAUCAAGAUAUGAGAGAUGUAGAAAUUAGUGCAGUCCCGGUAACAUCAGCGGAGAGAUGUGCAAAGGAUAUUGUAGAUAAUGCUUGCCGUGGUGACAGAUAUUUGACAGUACCAUCAUGGAUGAGGGUAACAAUCCUAUGGAAGGUAUUUCUACCCGAAGUACUAGAGUGGAGCAACCGCAUGUUGUUAGUGGCUGGACCUGAAAGACCGCCAACAGAAGCGCCUAGCAAGAAAAUCCUGGAUCUUACUGGAAUUCAAGAAGUCAUGUAUCCACCUUCAAUCCAAUAAUCAAAGUCCAUAGUUGUCACCAGAUGUGACAAUUGCAUAUGUAGAAUUAACACCAAAUCUUAUGUAGGAAUGCACUAAUGCACUGUUGAGACUUGAGAAAUUAACGGCUCCCUUGGCAAAAUUACCAAUACAUAUGUUCUAAGACAAACACUAUACAUUAGCCAUGGAAUACCAUUUCCCUAGUCUAGCAGUCCAUAUCUCCAAGAUAUAAUAAAAAAAUCUUAACAGCAAAUAACUGCAUCUAACUCUAGCUGACUGAAUUUGGUUGCUCAUACAACCAAAUGUACUUCGCCAUGGCAUAUGGAUUCCACUUGGUUUAUAGAUCUGCAUACCACCAAGAGUAAUUCACCUUGGUUUAUAGAUCCGCAUAGCCCCCCCAUAGUCCAAUCCCACAAAUAUUUCCUAGUAACUGCAACAAUGCUGAUACGAACUUAUCUAAAGACUUUGAUGAUACUAGCCCAGCAAGUAUGCAAAAUCAUCAUACAUUUUACCCGGGGGGGGGGG